AAUACAAAAUUUUAUACAUUAAAAAAUUCUCAUGCCCCCUAAAAAUAGAGUGGACACGUACGUAACCAAAAAUGCAGAGCUGCAUCCUGAUGGACCCGGUCUACCGCAUCAUACAAUCGCAAACCAAUCAAAAUGCAAUACGUGGGACGUCUAAACGAGCCAAUCACUCACACGCGGUCCGGUGUAUACGCCACGGUGCACGUAAUAAUUUCUCUCAUGCAAUGCAACACUUUCUCUUGCGUUUUUAGCUUCUCCAAACACAAACCCUAAGAAAGGGGGAGAGCAUUGUGCUCGCAAAUGGAACACGAGGAGGAGAGAGUUCCGGCCACCGCCGCGGCCGACACGGCCGCUUCGAAGACGGUGCAGCGAGACGCGGGUGAUCACGACGCAGAGUGCGGAAUAAAAGGGCGAGAGGAAGCAGUCGCCGUGUUCGCGGUACAUCGCGACAGCAAACAGAAGAAGAAAGAAGCGGAAGCAAAAGUAGAAGCAGAACCAAAAGGGCUUCCGCACCAGCAAGUUGUCCAGCCCGAAGACGUCUACAAUGAGAAGCUGGAGCAGCUUUGAAUUCAUAAGGCUUUUUAUCGCUCUUCCUGCUUUCCUCGCUUUUUUAGGGUUUUAUAUAGGGGAAACUUCAAAAGCCCCUUCUGUCGUUUCGUAGUUUUUCAUUUUGCCUCCCUGUGGUUUAAAAUGUAUCAA